CCUAGAAUGGCGUUGAUUUGCAAUUGUGGAAGUGAAAUGCGAAGUGCUGCUGGUCGUCGGUUGAGUAUAGACAUAGGAAAGGGAAGAGGGCCAUCUCAAGUGGUCAAGUUGUCUAAGUCUAUGUGGACGUUUGCUGUUGAGGGAAUUGUGGAGUAUGCACGAGUUGUAUUUGAUCUUUAUGGUGGAAAGAGGAAGCUUCCAGUAAUUGCAGCUGGCGUCGAGUCUUGCACCAUCUUGGCCUCUGACGAACCUCAACAUCUUACCAAAUUGUUUAGUCGUUUGUGUGAGUUGAGUCAAGACCUGCAAUCUGGCGUCUACCCAUCAUUGCAAGAUAAUUAUGUGUCUGCUGUGCAACUGGCUAUUAGGCAACUAGAUACUACUGUUUUGGGGAAGAAGUACAUCAUAUUGCUUACUACAUUCAAUCCAGACAGAAGCUCUGUAAUAUCAGAAGCAGUUGAAGCAGCAGCUCUUCGAGGCGGAAGCCAGACAGUACCAUUUUCAGUAUUAAUUCUAAACCUUUGUAACUCAGAAUCACAAGCACAGUCACAUGCUACUCAAUCGUCAAUGAAUAUGACGUGUGAAGUUCGUUCAGUAUGGUGUGGCUCUCUGAUGGAACACAUGGGCAAUCUUGUAAAACAGCAUCACAACCUGCAUUGCUCUGUUGUCACCGGCAUUCCUAUGAAGGAAGAGCAGCAGGCUGGAAUGUCUGCAAACUAUGAUGUGAACAUACUUCAUUCAGCGAAUGUGUUCAUGGAGUCAGCAAGCAAAGACAAAAACCUUCAACUAAGAUGGGUGAUGCCUCGUAGCAACACACUGGAACUGCAUCAAUGUCCAGGAGCUGUUCGUAUCACCCCUGCUGAUGUGACUAGUAGGCCAGCUUCUUGUCUUGUCAAUUUUUUGCUUCAAGGGAGAGCAGUCACACUGGAGCCGUUGAACCGCUCUAAGACAUUGUCAUAUGUUCUCGCUAAUCAUGAAGGUGUUAUCUAUCUACAUUGCUACACAUCAAACAGUGGAAGAUCAUUCCUUGAGGAUCCACCAUCUAUCAGUGAAGGCUGUGGAGGAAGAGUCACUGAUUACAGAAUAAACGACUUUGGUGAACUAAUGAGAAGUUCCCAACUGGCUCCACAGCCACAAGGCUCAUUGCAAAAGAAUUCGAUUCAACUGGCAAUGCAUAGGCUUGAAACUCUGACACAUUACUGGCCUCUGGUGAUCAGCGAGACUAUCCUGUUUAAUAUUCCUGAUGAGUGUGAACCACUACUGUCUCUUAUGAAGAGCCAAAAAAUGACAGACGAGGAACUUUCUGCUUGCAAACAAAAUCUCGUCAGGCUACAUGACAAAGAGUUGAACAGCGAGCCUCUCCCUUUGCCCGGCUUGAACAUAAGAAGUAGGGGACCACGACGAGAAGAACUCUACAGACAGUUAUGGACCGAACUACAACACUUUAUAGAAGGAUUCAGUCAAUUUUCUUCGAAUCACGAGAAAGUUUACCGCUUUUUGAAGGAUUUAAAAGUUACAGACACUGAAAGUUCUGAAAUUGGUUGGAUUCCAUCUUCAGAAUGGCCUCAUGAUAAUCACAGAAGUCAGGUAGAUAAUGGCGACAUGAACCCAGCAAAGAAGUCUCGUUUCGCUCAACAAGGAUCUUUGAAACUGCAGAGUAACAAGGCUAACUACUUUCACAUCAUUAGUGGCAGCUCUAAGUCGUUAUCAUUGUUGGAAGUGUGCAAGAAGCAUGGAAAAUUGACUUCCUUAUCUCGGACAGAGUUUGAUCGUCGAGAGAGGGAGGGAGAUGUAGCUAAGUUGUACCCUAAACUUGACGUUGAUGACAGUAAAACUCAGAAGCAGUAGAUAAUAAUUUCAAAUUGGUUAUUGAUGAUUUUUAUGUAUUCUGUAUUUUGAAAGUACAAGAAAGCUCAGCACUUUAAUGCCGCCUGGCAUGGCAAGCAAAGGAGAAACUGCUAGAGACAAAAUGGCUUAUAUGUACAUGUACUAGUACUUGAGGCAAUGAGUUAUUGCAUUUAAUUAAUGGUUAAUUACUAUCAAUUUUAAUGGUUAUCCGGGAGAGGUAA